GGAGGGUACGAAUGGUACGAAUGUCUGAUAAACCAGUGAACUGGAAAAAGUGUUACCUUAUCAGGUGUAACAAUCAUCGAACCACCUGGCAACUACCAAAGGAAUAUAACGAAGAAAAGAAAUUUUUUUCUACUGUUUCUUGAAAUGGCAACCGGUGAUCAGAGACGCGUUGCAUUAAUUACGGGUAUUACCGGACAAGAUGGUUCCUAUUUAGCCGAAUUUUUAUUAGAAAAAGGUUACGAUGUGCACGGAAUUAUUAGGCGGGCUAGUUCGUUUAAUACAGCCCGCAUUCAACAUCUUUAUGCAGAUCCAAAAUGCCAUCGCCAGGGUAAAAUGAAAUUGCACUAUGGAGAUAUGACAGAUUCUAGUAGUUUAGUUAAAGUAAUUAGUUCUGUACAGCCAACAGAAAUUUAUAAUCUAGCUGCUCAAAGUCAUGUUAUGGUGAGCUUUGAAGUGAGCGAAUAUACUGCAGAGGUGGAUGCAGUAGGAACAGUUAGGUUGCUAGACGCGAUACGUACCUGUGGUUUAGAAAAAUCUGUGAAAUUUUAUCAUGCAUCCACGUCUGAGCUUUAUGGCAGAGUGGUGGAAGUACCACAGACGGAGAAAACACCAUUUUACCCACGUUCUCCAUAUGCGUGUGCAAAAUUAUACAGCUUUUGGAUAGUGGUAAAUUACAGAGAAGCGUAUAACAUGUUUGCGUGCAAUGGUAUAUUAUUUAAUCACGAAAGUCCUCGCAGGGGAGAGAAUUUUGUUACCAGAAAAGUGACUAGGUCGAUAGCAAAAAUACAAUUGGGUUUGCAAGAUGUCGUCGAACUGGGAAAUCUAGACGCUAAGCGUGAUUGGGGACAUGCGAAAGAUUAUGUUGAGGCAAUGUGGUUGAUGUUGCAACAACCAGUACCAGACGAUUAUGUGAUAGCUACAGGAGAAACGCAUAGUGUUAGGGAAUUUGUAGAAGCAGCAUUUCAGUAUGUAGGUCGCACAAUUAAAUGGCAAGGGGAAGGCGUGAAUGAGACAGGACAGGAUGCACAAACAGGACAGGUACUGGUCAGAGUGAAUCCUAAAUAUUUUCGUCCAACAGAAGUCGAUGUCCUUUUGGGCGAUGCUUCGAAAGCAAAGGAAAAAAUAGGUUGGAAACCUACAGUUACGUUUGAGGCUCUCGUAAAAGAUAUGAUGGAUUCCGACUUAGAAUUAAUGAGAAAAAAUCCAAUUGCUUAGUAGGAUUUCUUAGGUACAAAGAAACUCCAUGCAUUUAUGAAGAAACAUUCUAUGUCUUUAUGAGACAGUGACAUUCAAUAUAUACCCACUAUGUUAAAAGAGAUCUAAAUGUUAUUUUGUAAAGUUCCAUAUUUCUCGGAUCAGAUC